AAUCCCUUAUACUUACCUCGUUAAUGUGCGUGUGCCUAGUUUGAUGUUUCCCUUUCAAGCUCCAAGCAUUAAUCUUCUACACUUAUUACUCGACGUCUUACUACUUUCUCAAAUUUGUAUCAACGCUCUUUCCUUUCUGUGCUCUGCUCUGUCUGUUUCUGUGAUAGCCCUUCAACAAAACUACCAUUUUUACUCUUCAUGGUAGAAAUAAAGCAGAGCCCAAACAAGCAAAGACAUUUCUGUCACUCUCUCACAACUCAUAAAAGAUAGAACACAGCGAAUGAACAACAGAUAGAGAGAGAGAGAGAGAUGGGCAUCUCUGCCAAGGCCAAGAGCAGCAGCGAAAGCUGGGGUUUGGGUCUUCUCUUGGUGUUCUUUCCAGACGACGAGAAUGGCCACGACCACGACAAAUACAUCGACAAGAAGAAAAAACUGCUCACCUCUUCUUCUUCUUCCUCCUCCUCCUCUUCUUCUUCACCUUCUUCAUCCUUCAAAUCUACUGGUUCUAUCAGAUAUGGUAGUAAUAACCUCCUCCUCAGCAAAGCUCAAUCAACAAUGUCCAUUUGUGCUCUUAUAGUCUUCUUUACACUCCUCGUCUUCACUCUCUGCACUUUCGAACCCACUCAACCCAAAACUAACGCCAUUAAUUCUCUAUCUCCAUCCAAGACCAGACUACCCAGAAGAUGGCUCGCCGAGAAUUCCAAAGGCUACCAAAAUUAUAAGAGCAAGAACAAGCGGCCUUCCUCCUCUUCUUCGUGGUUUGCUUCUAUUUGGAAGAGGGAAGCUCGUCAUCAGAAAUCUAAAUUCGUUUCGGAUUCUUCGGCUGCUCUGCAAGGAAUGGGAACUCUGUUUAGGAGAGGAACCAGAGCAAUGAGUGAUCUUGUUGUGGCUCAUACUAAGGAGGACGUUACGGAUGACGAGCUUCGCUUGUUUAUGAGAAGUCUGCAUCGAUCUGGUCUCACUGCGAGAUCAGAUGUCGCGCUUAUCUUCCCUUCUUCCGCUUUAGCUUCCCCACUUGGCAUUUCUUCGAAUUUUUCUUCUGUAAUUCGGGAAGAAAACGAUUCGUUCUUGAAACUCGUCCGCCAUUGCAGAGACAAUAAUACUAGUUCGACUACCGGGAAGUUGGUGGGUUUUGAUGUAACCCAGUUUGCGAAAUCGGACAAGAAGGAGAAGAAGGUGGGGGAGCCAUUGUGGGGGCGGCGAAAUCAUGCGAAUUACAGCAAUCCAGGAGGUGGCGGCGGAGAUGAGUUGAACGAGUUGAGUUGGGGAUCGGUGGUGGCUUUCGAAGCCGCGGAGCUUGACCCGGAGGGCUCGCUAGCCGGGUUCUUCUUAGACCAUGUGCCAAUGGCAUUGAGGAGGUGGGCUUGUUAUCCGAUGCUACUGGGCCGAGUCCGGCGGAACUUCAAGCACCUUAUGUUGGUCGACGUCAAGAACGUAUUGAUACUCGGCGACGCGCUUUCCCGAGUCAGGAACCGGAACUCUGAAUCAGUGUACUUAUCAUCGACAACAGCGACAGAAAAUCCGCACGGAAAGCACGGCCGGAAGGACUCGGAGAAAACUCAAUCUCAUAAUCAGAAGCCAUUGACGGCAGCAGUAAUAAUGGGCGGAACUCGAGGUGUCCGACGGUUAUCAAAUGCGAUGUUGACGGAGAUAGCUAAAACUUCAAUGCAGCACAAGAGCAAGAACUCCAUCUCCGAGUCAGGGCUCUUGAAUCAACUCGUUCAGAACGGGUUGUUAUGGAUGAAGAACAUAGAGAUAGUCACUGCAACCGAGUCCAUCCCCGAUUCGACUACACUCGUAAGUCGAAAAUCAAAUUCUUUUACCUCCCCAUCCACCCCGUCGCCUCAUUCAAUUGUUCAUCACGGUAAUAGUAAUACCAAUAUCUAUUCCAUUCUUCUCAAAGAAUUCUGUUCAUCUGUUACCAGUUCUGUUUAUAGAGACUGUCAAUUACAAUAAAAACAAAUUAUACUUUGAUCAAAUAAUUCUAUAGAACAGAUAAUGUCUUUUCUGGGUUUUUAUUUCUUUUUAAUUGGAAUAAGACAUUCUUUUCGCUCCUCA